AUGGCAUUAACUCACGACGUCAAUCACCAGAGCCAUCAGCCAUGUUCAGUUCCUCACUUCGUCAGAGGCACGAAUGGGCAAUACUGCUUGCACAUCUGGAUAAAUCUCCCUCGAAAUGGAAAGGUACGAGUCGUGAGUCAGUGUAACUUGGUAGUCCAACCCAUUGACACGCGAACGCGAACAGAAACACAACUGCCAAACCACGACCUUGAAUUUCCCGUUCAAGGAUCGGCCAAUCGCUCGGGAACCUUUCGGAUGGUUCUCAUCUCUACACAGAAUGUAGAUACAAAUGCCAUAGCUCGCAAUCUCAGUCAUCUUUCCAAACAUAGCGUCGGCAAGCGCGGCGUUGUACUUUUGAUGCAAGGGCAUGACGCCAUGUCGUCGUUCAUGCACAUCCAACUACAGUACGUGUAUGAAAGCUCUACGGCCAAUGCCCUUCUCAUGAAAUUAUAG